ACUGAUGCAAGGAUAUCGCUGCUAAUGCUCUUGAUUUUAUCAGGUGUGUUGACAUGUGAGGCACAAGUGUGUGGUAGGCCUCCGCUUGGGAAACGCAUCGUAGGAGGAGUUGAAGCAUCUGAAGGAGCAUGGCCAUGGCAAGUGGACAUUCAAAUGGGAGCUAGUGGCCAUGUUUGCGGUGGAUCCAUCAUUUCCAGAGAUUGGGUUCUUUCUGCUGCACACUGCUUUCCUUACCCUUCAGAAGUGUCUUCAUAUCGUCUGUACAUGGGACGUCAGCAGCUCAAUGGCCUAAACACAUUUGAGAUUGUCAGUCUGGUGCAAAGGGUGGUAGUUCCAGAGGGGUACUCAAACCCUCAGCAGGGCAGAGAUGUAGCAUUAGUUCAGCUGCGCUCUCCGGUCACCUGGUCAGGCAGAAUCCAGCCUGUGUGUCUACCUCAUUCUGGCCUACAGUUUGACAGUGGAACCUUAUGCUAUGUCACAGGCUGGGGCCACACACAGGAGGGAGUCCCCCUCACUGGAGCUGGGGCUCUACGGGAAGUGCAAGUGCCCCUUGUUGACCAAUCUUCCUGCCAAUCAAUGUACCACAUUCAGUCAUCUAAAUCAGAAACAGUGAACAUCCUAUCAGACAUGAUCUGUGCUGGAUAUAUGGAGGGAGGCAAAGAUUCCUGUCAGGGAGACUCUGGAGGCCCUCUGGUUUGUCCUGUUGGCAAUGGGACAUGGAUUCAGGCAGGAGUUGUAAGUUUUGGACUUGGAUGUGCUCAGAAGAACCAACCAGGUGUCUAUUCCAAAGUCUCAAGUUUUGCUGGCCUCAUCCGCACCACAGUACCAGAAGCUCAGUUGCUGGGUCACUCUUGGAGGAUUGAAAGUCAAAUGCCUCUCAUUCUAUGUCUCUAUUUUGCAUUAGCGCUCUUUUGUAGAUAG